AAAGGUGAUCUACAAUAAAUAUGUAAUUUACCGGUAUGACUGCAUGACGAAAGCCUUUAACCACAAAUCUCUAGUUUCAGAUAAUGUAGGAGGCUGCUGUUGCCUAUGUUAAUCCUUGCGAUAUUCAUUCCUGCACGGAUCUACUUUCUCUUUGAAAGCAUUCACUGAUGCUGCUGGUACUACUGAGUCAAGUAAGGAGCUCCAGUCAGUGAGAGAGUUUAAAUUUUAUACAUAUUUUAUUCGACCUCGGUUUGAGCACCAUCUCAUGGCGACCUCGUAUCCUAGAUGGGAAGAUAAGACUAGAUUAUGAAUGAAUCAACUUUUAAAAGCCCUGCAUUUGGAUUUCCUAUUGGUGUGGAAAAAAUUCCUGUAUCCCUUUCGACACUGACUGAAGUUGACGCUAACGGUCUGCCUAGACUGCCGAUAUCAGUCACUUGUUAUGCAAGAUUUCGUCGAUUAGCCUGCAUUAAACAUUCUAACCUAUGCCGGUAUCUUGAUGCUAUCCGCGAGAAAGGUGAAAUCAUAUCAGUUAUCAGUGAAUAUUAUCCUACAAACUUUGGUGAUAUUCCAUGCCCUGUGACUGAUUUAAACUGGUUGUCAAAUCGGUUCUGCGAAUGUCUAUCAGCACUAGCUUUUAUGCAUGACAAUGGUCUAGUUCACAGUUGUCUUACACCUGAUAUGAUAAUGCUUGAUUUUGAUGGUCAUGUGAAAAUUGCCGGCUAUGGUGUAUUCUAUGCAACUGAAUGGUACAAUUCUAUUGAUUUUAUUCUACCGAAUCCAGUGUAUUCUGCACCAGAAGUAUUUCUAUUCGUAUACUACAAUCGUAACACCGGUUAUUCGUCUCACUUCGAGAAUCCAAUGAAGUCAGAUAAAUGCUGGUUACGCAUAGAAGCUGAUGUCUGGUCUCUGGGUGUAAUUUUCUCUGAACUGAUUUAUGGUAGAGAGAUUGGUAAUCCACUGUACAAAAUUCAAAAUGAGAAGAAUAAAGGAAAACAAAGUGGAAUUAUUGAAUUAUUAUUAUUAAAAGGACUUUGUCAAGCUGAUCAGUGUUCAACACUACCAGAAUUUUUACAAAUUCCCUUAGAUGAUGUUAUUUUACCUGUAGAAUUGGCUACUUUUGCUAAGCUGAUUCGAGAGUGUUUAAGAUUUGAUGUACUUACACGACCUAAUCCGAAAUAUUUAUUGAAAAAAAUGGAUGAAUUAUUAUUGGGUAAUUGUUUGUCGUGUGAAACAAAUUCUGAAGUAAAUGUAAAGACAUACUUUCAAAAAACAUGGAAUCACACUGGAAGACCUGGAAUAAUUCAUCAUCACCAAUCAGUCUGUGCUAUGAAUGAUGACAAAAACAACCUUUUAAAAGUUCAUAACUUCAUGAAUAGUAUUAAAGAUCUAUCAGAACUUUACUACUAUUGGAAAUUGACAGGCGGUAAAAUUCAUUCAUCGGAGAAAAAUCAAUCUAAUCUGAAGAGUAUUCAUAAUAAUAAUAAUAAUAAUAAUAAUAAUAAUAAUAAUUCUCAUUUUGAUUGUUAUGAUCAAGUGUCAAUAAUAAAAGAACAUGAUCUUGGAGUGUAUAAUGUAGACGUUUUCAAUUAUUGUUCAUUGCCACCGAUUUUAAGGAUUCCGCACUAUCUGGCAAUUUUUAAAUCGAAUUCUUCCUCUUCUUCACGUGUCAUCUCUUCAGAAGAACAAUGGCCAAUCAGUGAAAUGAGACAACCACGUACAUUUCAUCAAUCAAAAAUUGUACCAUUGUCUAAUCAGCGUUUCAUUGAGCGUAUAUCACGUACACCCCUACAGAACUUAUACCCUCUACUCAUCUGCCAAGACUUCAAGAUAAAUUCUGCAGAGAAAUAUGUGAAUAUUUGCUCUACUACAAUCUACUCUGAUAACCAGGAUAUUAUUAUGUCUGACUAUUCCUCAAAGUCUACAAUCUAUUUAUCGACAGUCAGCGAGAAAAGUUCCAUUUUUCGAAAUUUGAACAAGAAUCAUACAGAUUUUAUGGAUUUACUAUCUAGCAAGAAUCUAACCUGUUGUAAUCUUGGUUUGAAUAACUGGUGUAUGUCAUUAACAAGGGAGGAUUAUGAAGCCAAAAUUAACUCGUGUAUUUCUCAACAACCACUGUCUGUGAGAGAAGCAGAUGUUGACUAUCAAAUUUAUCGGACACGUCUGUUUAUACGCCUACUGAAUGGUUUACCAGCGACGAAACGAUACCUACGUUUAGAAGCACGUAAAGAUAUUCCACCGUUUCUACGUUGGAAGGUUUGGGCUGCUCUGCUCGGUGUUUAUCCUCCUAAUCGAGAAUUUGAAUCAUCCUAUCUGAAGACAUUACAUGAAAUCAACAAAUUAGGCUUAGAGUUUUCAUUCAACGAUGAAUUAAAUAUCAAUAACAAUAGUAAUAAUAAUAAUAAUAAUAAUAAUAAUAAUAAUGAACAAAAUGUUGACAGCAAUAAAGCCAAUACUAUCAUCUAUGAUCGAUUAGAUGAAAAAGUCAUCAAUCAAAUAUCAGUUGACUUACCACGUUGUCAUGCUUAUGAUCCUUUGUUGGCUUCACCAAUAGGACAAUCAGUUCUUCGCCGUGUUCUGCUAGCCACCUUAUUGAUGAAACCUGGUGCUUUGGAUUAUACUCAAGGUAUGGAUUCUGUGGCUGCUGUAUUUGUGCGUAUUUGUUAUCCAGACGAGGCGUUAGCCGCCGCCUGUUUAAACGCAUUCCUAUCAACCAAGUUACCAGGAUUUUUCUCCUCUGGUGGGCUAACUUUAGGCUUAAAGUCCUAUUUCAAUACACUUCUACGACUGUUAGCCUUCCAUCUACCUCGAUUAGCUGUUCACCUAGUCAAUAUUAAUGUCCCGUUAAUUGGAUUGACUACCGGUUGGAUUUAUACACUGUUUGCGCAUGCUAUGCCAUUGGAUCGUGUUGAGCUACUCUGGGAUACAAUUAUGCCUGGACCAGCGCUGUUAUCCAUGUUUUUUUAUAUUGCAUUUUUUGUUCAAUUGGACAGGCAAAUAAAUUUUGAGUCUUUAGGAUUGGAGAAAAUCUGUACAAUUUUAUCAAAUUUUCCGGAUAUCAAUUUGGAUAAAUGUCGAAAUGAUGCGUUAAAAUUAGCCCUGGCUACUCCUCGUAGUUUAACAACUUGGUCAAUUCCAAACAAGAAGUAUUUAGAUCAGAAGUCAGUGAAUACUGAAGAAUUACUGAUGACUGAACAAUCGAAUACAGUGGAAAAAGAAUUUUCUAAUUCAAAGGAAAAUGAACCUGCAGCUUGUGAUUUCUAUACACGUUUAUCAUUGCCAAACGCAUGGCCAGAUCAUUUGGAAUAUGAUUAUUAUUCAGCAGUCUCAGAAGAGAUUGAUGCCGAUACUUUGCAAAGUAUGUUUGAAAAAUACAAUAUCUCAUCGAAUGCCUCAAAAUUGGUACCGUUACUCAGUGUUAAAGAUGCUUUAGAGCAUAUUCACCGUCCAGAUUGUUUGGUUCUAGACUUACGGAACGCCAAGGAAUAUAAUAAGUUUCAUCUUCCGAACAGUAUUCAUUGUGAUCUGUCAAAAUUAAUAAUUUCCGAUUCUGCUUUUGCUACUACUAUUACUACUGCAGACAGAAACGAUGUACUUCCCUCCGUCGACUCUUCUCAUUUAUCCCUAGAAAACUGGGAAAUGAUUGAUUAUCCAAGUGGAAAUCGUAGCCGACCACAAAUUAUCCCAGAAUUUUUAGCCUUUCUUAUGAAUGAAAAAUUAUGGCGUCAGGCAACACAGGCUAGACAACAACUCUUAACCAGUAGGAAAUCGAGUCAAGGCACGCUGAAUGAUUCAGUCACCAGUAGCCUACCCUGUUCACCUGGUCUCCUGAUUGUAUUCGGCAGUGAUGAACACUUAGCCUGGCAUUUAGCCUAUUGGCUUAUAGAACACGAUAUUGAUCGUGUAUGCAUUCUGUUCAGUGCUGUUGACGGUGUGGCAAACUUUUUAAAUUCAUGUUGUCAAUAAUAACUCAGUGAAUGGUAAGUGAGUGAGUGAAUUCAUUCCUCUAACAUUGUUGGCGUCACCAUCAUGAUCGUCAUCACAGUACGUUUUCUUUUUACACUAAGGGGAAUGAAUACCCUGACAAAAGCAUUCAUUAUCUACUGACUGUACACCUAUCUCACUACUAUAAUAUUAUGUGUUAAUUUUAUUUCUUCACAAACACUGUGAUAAUUUGCAAACACCACUGACUGGGCUAAUUUAAAAUUACAAUACGCCCUGCCCCAGCCCGUCAUUUCAUCAUUUAUUUCUGAAGAUAAUUAAAUUUCUCUUCUCUCUCUCUCGAUAACUUUCACCGAAGGUGGCGUUUUCUUAUUUUCUCUCAAAAAAUUUUGUUAUAUUUAACUUUCCAAUUAUGUACUCUUGUUCGCCUUAAUUAAAAUAAAAUAUUUCAUGAAAAAUUCUCAUUCGAACAUUAAUAAACAAAAGAUCAGUAGUUCAGCGAAGAGUCUCUUUCUUUUAUCGGUGAAUUCAUUUUCAUAACUGUUACACUUACUUAACCUUAGACCUUCACCUAAAGCCUUUAACGAUACCGAACAAUUUGCCUACAAACAUAGUAGAAGUGCUCUAGAUGCAGCUGCAGUCUUGCAUCAUAACAUUUCGUCUCCAGUUUAGACAAAGGAGGUAAAUUUGUUCACUGCACCUUCCUUCCUACAUUACACAUCUGCUUUCGACUCAGUAACUGGGAAUAUUUCGUUUGUUAAGUAAGCUUGAUGAAAGUGAAACUGAGUGUUGGUUGGAUAGCCGAAUGGCUGCAUUCUUAUUUCUCAGGAAGAAAGCAGUACACUGUAUACCACAUUCAGACAUAAUGUUUAUGAGCUAGGUACGCCAAACAAAGUAAUACAAAUGUAUUUAUUGUGAAGUUGUUCUGCAAGUAAUCUCGAUGAGAGAAUAAUACCUUAACAGUAUGCAUGUUCCAUAGAUUGUCUUGAAAUUCGCGUAUAAUCCUGUAAUCCUGGAAAACACAUGAGGUCUAUUCGUGCAUACGGUGUUUGUCACUCAGGUCUCAUAAACUGUCAGUGUCCAGCUCUCGCUACGCUGGACCUCCCGCAGUCACUCGAAGAUUUCAGAAUACUUUACUCUCACGCCAACAUAUAACCUACAAUGAUGUUAUUACACAAGGUCUAGGAAUAAAUAUUAUAAGAAUAAAUCACGGUAAUACUUCUGAUAGAUUUUAUUCUUCAUCUGAAAAGCGAACAAUGACUGACGGAUUGAUGACCAACUAAAAAUAUGGAGGAGUUGGGUUUGAGCAAACAACCAUGAAUUCAUCGUUCAAUCUUCAACUACAUUUACACUCCCCGUCAAAAGAGGAAUCCAUCCCUUUUUUCCAUCACGACCAAUACACGUUGACUUGUGCGCCAUUGCGAGAACCUGGGUCACACGAACAAAGCUGAAAUGGAAAAUAAACAGAAAAGCCAACACACCACAGGCAUACCCAC